UUUACUUCCUAUCCCUUCUGUUGUUUUCGUAAAAUGAGGAUUUCAACCACGGUCGUCCUGCUCACAGCCGCACUUGCGGCAGUUGCAGCUGCUGAUGAUUCGUCUUCACAGAAGAGUGAUGGUACGAGCAUGUCCCGGGACGUUGUCGAGGCUGCAGCAACCACACGCCAAGAGACUACUACCACUAGCGACUCUAGUACGUCGUCGGCAGUUCAGACAUCGGCCUCGACUCCUUCAUCGACUCCAUCUUCAUCCUCGCCUGAAGAUCAGACAUCAUCAUCAUCAUCGUCGUCGUCGUCGUCAACAUCAUCAGCUGUUGAGGAUAAGGAUGAUAGUGAUACAGCGACUAGUACCACUAGCAACAGCAGCACCACUGGUGACAGCACUACUAGCGACAGCACUACUAGCAACAGCAGCACCACUGGUGACAGUACUACUAGCGACAGUACUACUAACGACAGCAGCACUAGUGACAGCAGCACUAGCGAUAUCAGCAGCAGCAGCAGCAGCAGCACCACGGAGACAUCUAGUGAUGAUGCCAGCGAGAAAACUAGCGCUACUGAAAGCACUGACGAGUCGACUACGGCUACCACUGAGGAUACUACCUCUGAGUCUACUAGCGACGACAACACCAUCGAGAAUACCGAAACAAUACUGAUGCUGGAGACAUCUGAUGAUGACAACGUCACCACCGACAGCGAUUCUACCUCCUCAACCACGUCCAAGAAGGCGCAGCAUACAGUUGUCGUUGUGGAAACCACGGUGGUCGAUGGCAAAACGCAACUGCACCCAGUGACAAAGAUUGUCGACGACGAAACACAUACCAUUGGCGAAGAGUACACUUCGACAAUUGUCCAGAAUGGCGAGACAAAGACAAUCACCGGCACAUAUAGCGAGCAUUCGACUAUUGACUCGUCAGGGAGCGCCAGGCUGUUGGUCGGCCAGCUGCUCAUGUGUGUGCCUGUUGCCGUAGCCGCAGCCAUGCUCUAA